UGCACUCCCCCCCACUGCACCUCCCUAUAGGUAGCGUCACAUUAUUGGGAGGGAUUCAUAUCUAAGCCCUACCUGUGACCACCAGUGGCUGGCCCCGUUGGAACGAACACACUCAACUCGACCCAAGAGCCAUUGAUGAUAAUCAACAUAUACAUACACUAGCUUAGCCAGAACCAGAGACACAGACACCUCAAGACACGCCACAGGAUCCCAACCAGAAGGACAAAGCCAUGGGUCGCUCAACAGUAGGCAAGUCCUACUUACCCAUCGUGCAAAAUGCUGAUAACUUCCCCUAUGACCGCGAUCUGCUAGAGGUAUACUACCAGCUCAUCUUGGCCGGCGACCCCAAGCCGCAUGGCUACCUACGGCCGGAGACCGUGGCCAAGAUGCCGUGGACGUCUUUGUUCCAGGUGUCCCACGAGCACCCGCGCACCGUGACGGUCUUGGACUCGUCGCAGGGGUCCGACAGCGCGGCUGCUUUCACGGCCGCCUUCCAGAAGCUGGUAGACAUCCUCAUAGAGCAGGACACGUUCCGCCUGCUCGCCAAGAGGCACAGCGAGCCCUUCACCCUCCUCUCCUGGCCCACCAGCCCCAGCGAGGGCGGCACGGGCACGAGCACAGGCGUUGUGACGAUGGAGCGUUUCGCCGCGCCGCUGUUCGGGAUCCUCCUGCAGGGCGCCCACAUGAUCGCUUAUGUGCGCUCCCGCGCCACCGAGGACGACUGUGGCGUGAUCUCAGGUCUCUGGAUCCCACGGCGCGCUAAGCAUCUCUUCAGCAGCCCCAACAUGUUGGACUCUACUGUGGCCGGGGGUAUAGCGGCUGGCACGACCGCCCUGGAGACCAUCAUCAAGGAGGCAGGUGAAGAGGCUGCGCUGCAGCCCGAGCUGAUGCGCACAAGGGUGCGGUCCACGGGCCUGUUAACGUACGUCAGCUCGACCGACGCGAUACACGGCUGGCCCGGCGAGUCCGGGCUCCUGUGUCCCGGCAUCGUCUACACAUACGACAUGGAGCUGCCAGAGGACGUUAUUCCGAAGCCCCACGACGGCGAGGUCGGGAGCUACAACCUCAUGAGUGUCGGGGAUGUGCAGAGCGCGCUGCUGAACAACGAGUUCAAGCCCGACGCUGCUGUGGUCCUGAUAGAUUUCCUGAUCCGCCACGGCGUCAUAACCGCAGACAAUGAGCGGAACUUCGUCCGCAUCAACGAGCGCAUACACCGCCGAUUACCGUUCAGGGUAUCCGAGCGCUAAUGGAAAUGAAUUUGUCAAGUUCUUGGCGUUAGAAAUCGUCGCUCAUAAGUACAUGGAUCCUUUUUGGUGGGCAAGGAAAAGCGGGAGAAGGGAUGUAAAAUCUAGUCUACAAGCGAUGGUAGCCUAUGAUGCUUGAGUGCUUGAUUCUGAUUUCGGUGAAAGGAAUUAUAAGGAGGGACGAGAUAGAUGAGGUUGGUGUAGAUCAUGCCAAUGUAGGGGGCCAGGCAAAACACUCUGAACAUUAGCUCAUGUUCUUUCACGAUUUAACAAUACGACUGCAAUUGAGAAUAUCUUGGGUGAUUUCAGGACCAUCAAUCUACAUGCUUCACACAUAACUCUAAUCAUACCAAGCAGUUUAUAAUGCAAGGCUGCCUAAGAUCAUUUAACAUCAUGAUACAUAUACGUUGAAGCUACAUAGAACGUCACUACUCUCAAAAGAAUCUUUUGUUCAACCGCCUAUAGUCAGUUUUUCUAUUUCAUAUCG